AUGCACCGGCUACCGAGUAGCGGACAUUCGACGCCGUCAUCUCCGCAAUCGCCGGUACGUUCGCCGAGGCUCCGUCAAGGGCGGUCUAAGGCGGGGAAAUUUUCUUCUGGAGGGAAUAGUUUAGCGCAGAGGUUGAGUUUGAUGUUGCUUUCGGUUCUUCUCCGGCGACAGGGGAUUUUCCUGUUCGCUCCUUUGAUUUAUAUCUCCGGCAUGCUUUUAUAUAUGGGAACGGCGUCGUUUGAUGUUGUUCCGAUCAUUAAACACCGUUCUGCUCCUGGUUCGGUUUAUCGUAGUCCUCAGCUUUAUGCUAAUCUUCGUCGUGAUAUGGAUUCAGAUAACUCUUCUACCGAUGCGAUAUUUACAAUAUGGAAGAGUCCAUAUAGAGGCGGUGAAUGGAAACCAUGUGUAAACAGAUCUUCAGAAGAGCUACCUGAAUCUAUUGGAUACAUAUAUGUAGAUGCUAAUGGUGGUUUAAAUCAACAGAGGACAUCGAUAUGCAAUGCUGUUGCUGUGGCUGGCUAUCUAAAUGCUACCCUUGUGAUCCCCAACUUCCAUUAUCAUAGCAUAUGGAAAGAUCAUAGCAAAUUCAGGGAUAUUUAUGAUGAAGAAUAUUUUAUCGAUGCCCUUAAAAAUGAUGUACGGGUGGUUGACAAGAUUCCUGAGUUUCUAAUGGAAAGAUUUGACAGCAACAUGACAAAUGUUCACAAUUUCAGGAUCAAGGCGUGGUCCUCCAUUCAGUAUUAUAGAGAUGUGGUGCUCCCAAAAUUACUUGAAGAAAAGGUUAUAAGAUUUUCACCUUAUGCGAAUAGAUUGUCCUUUGAUGCUCCUCCAGUUGUCCAGCGUCUCAGGUGCUUAGCAAAUUAUGAGGCUUUACGGUUUUCAAGACCUAUAUUAACCAUAGGUGAAUCUUUGGUUGAAAGAAUGAGAAAGCAUAGUGCCAUUAAUGGUGGUAAAUAUGUAUCUGUACAUCUUCGUUUUGAAGAGGAUAUGGUUGCUUUCUCAUGUUGUGUUUUUGAUGGUGGGAAACCGGAGGCACAAAACAUGAGUGCUGCAAGAGAAAGAGGUUGGAGAGGGAAAUUUACAAAAGCUGGACGAGUCAUACGUCCUGGAGCAAUCAGGAUCAAUGGGAAGUGUCCCCUCAGCCCGACAGAGGUUGGCCUGAUGCUGAGAGGAAUGGGUUUUACCAAAAACACAUCUAUCUUUUUGGCAUCUGGAAAAAUAUAUAAUGCUGAAAAAACAAUGGCUCCACUACUAGAAAUGUUUCCUAAUUUGCAUACUAAGGAGACUCUGGCUUCUGAAGAGGAACUUUCUCCAUUUAAGGGUUAUUCUUCCAGGAUGGCUGCUAUAGAUUAUACUGUUUGUCUUCAUAGUGAGGUGUUUGUCACAACUCAGGGCGGCAACUUUCCUCAUUUUCUGCUGGGCCACAGAAGAUACUUGUAUGGUGGACACGCCAAGACAAUUAAGCCCGAUAAGCGGAAGUUAGCGUUGCUGUUUGAUAAUCCCAAUAUAGGAUGGAAAAGUUUGAAGCGCCAACUGCUGAACAUGAGGUCACACAGUGAUUCCAAGGGAGUUGAGCUCAAAAGACCAAAUGACUCUAUAUACAGCUUUCCAUGCCCAGAUUGUAUGUGCCGUGCCAACAAAACCGCCAAUUCAAAAUCUAAAUCAGCUGCUUGA